GGGACACUGAGCCCUUCUGCUGCCUGCGAGGGGCGGCAGCGUUUCCUCGGGAGAGGCGCUGCUGGAAUUGCUAAUGCUCCAGCCCGGAGGUGCAGCAUGCAGAGGGCUGCAGCUGCAGCAUCAGGUACGGCAGCAGCGCCGUUAAUUAUUGACUCUCUCUUCAAUUAUCAGCCCUGAUAAGGGGGCACCCCCCUCCACAGCCCAGGCAGCGCUUGGUGCUCUGUGUUUUCCGGGACAAAUAGCAAUUCCGUGGAAAAGUAACUCGUUUUACGCACCGGGACUGAGCUGUCCUCGCAAAGGUCAUCCGAGAGCCGUGGGCUGCUCUGUUGGAAAAUCAAUCCCUCUUUUGUGCUUCUUGGUUUAAACUUGUAUUUGCUUUGUGAGCAAGGUCACAGCUCAGCUGACCAACUUUGUAACUGCUGGAACAGGCUGGGGUCCAGCCACGCCGCGUUCGCUGCUCCGAGCCCUUCGCUGCCGUGGGAGAAGAUGCUUUGGAGGGAGGCAAGAGCUGCUGCUCCCCUGGGGGUUUGUAGGUGCCAGCCUGAGCAGGGUGAAGCGACUCCUCAGCCCUUGUCAGAAGAUGCUUAAGUGACAGCCCAGUUAGACCCCACCAUGGAGAAGACAGAAGCAGAUGGCCAGCCACCCCAACCCGAUGGGGACAGGGAGCAUCCCCGCAGCCUGCCCUACUCCCUGGAGACACCCUACGGCUUCCACUUGGACCUGGACUUCUUGAAGUACGUGGACGACAUCGAGAAGGGCAACACCAUCAGGCGGGUCCACAUCCACCGCCGAGCCAAGCAGCCCAAAUUCAGCACCCUGCCCCGCAACUUCAGCCUGCCCGAGAGCGGCUCCCGCUCCGGCUGCUCCGCCGCCGCUCCCAGCAAGAGCUGGACCUCCACCUGCUCCUUCCCGCAGCGAAAGGCAUCAUCCCUGGGGGAGGAUCCGCCGCGGGUCCCGCUGCCGCCCGAGGAGCCGGAGCCGGAGCCGGGGCCGAGCUACCGGCGGCGGGCGCUGCUGCUGGAGACGCGGCGGCAGGCGGAGCUGGGCCGGCCGCAGCUGCUGCGGGCCUCCAGCAUGCCCGAGGCGCUGCCCCCCGGCCACAGCCCCCCGGUGGGACCCUCGCCCCUCCGCAGCCCUCCGCAGCCCCACCACGGCUCCCACAGCUCCUCCCGGCCCGGCUCGGACAGCGGCGCCUCGGCCCCGCCGCGGGACGGGGGCUCGGAGCGGGAUGGCUCCGGCGGGGCCCUGCCGCCCCUCAGGCAGAGCCAGCAGCUGCAGGCGGUGAUGGAGAGCGGCGCUGAGGAGGGCGAUGCCGCCGCUCAUGGCUCCGAUGUGGCCGGGGGUGAAGCAGAGGCACCGGCCGCCCUCCGGCUGGCAGAGGAGAGAGUGAACCCUGCGGAAAAUGGGCUGAGGGUGAGCGAGGUGGAUGUGGAUGUGCUGAGGGAAGGUGAGCAGAGCAGUGUCCAGGCUGGAGGGGACAAGGAGAGCGGUGUUCCCCAGGACCCUGGCCAUGGAGAGCCCAAUGGGGUCACGGCGCUGAAGCAGCAGAUCGCUGACCUGGAGGAGCAGCUGGCCAAGAAGAAAGAGGAGCUCAAGCUGGUCAGGGCAGUGCUGGAGCAGCAGGAUCAUGAGAUCCAGGAGAAGGAGAAAAGCAUUUUGCUGCUGGCCAGCUCCAAAGCUCAGCUGGAAGAGCAGCUGCGGCAGGAGAAGUCCAAAGGGGCUGAGCUGCGGAGGCACCUCGAUGCUGCGGUGAACACCGAGCUCUCCCAGCUCCAGGACAAAGGCAUCAACGUCAAUAUCCCACUUUCCACCAGAUCCAUCGGCUGCAGCACCCACAGGGCAGAGAACACCAAUGCACGGGCCGUGGAGGUGUGCAGAGAGCAGGGCCGGGCAGGUGCUGGAGCAGAGGGACGUUCUGGCGAGGCCAGCCUGGAGGAUGGGCUCCCUGCCCCGUGCUUCACCCCGCUGCAGAUCCACGAGCACCCCGGCGACGACAACCACAACCACCAGGACUCCCUUGGCCCCAGCGCAGCCGAAAGCAAGGCAGGCUUUGGAGAAGAUAAACCUCGGGAAGGGCUGCAGGAGGAAGGUGCCCCUGGCCACGAGGACCUCCCGGCUGUUGACCCCAUUGGCCAAUAUGUAAAAAAGAUCCAGGAGCUCCUGCAGGAGCAGUGGCUGUGCUUGGAGCACGGGUACCCCGAGCUGGCCAGUGCUAUCAAGCAGCCGGCCUCCAAGCUCAGCUCCAUCCAGAACCAGUUAGUUAAUUCCCUAAACUCCCUGCUCUCUGCCUACUCCUCGCAAGGGCCCGUGGAUAAGGAGAAUUCCAACACGCACUAUCAACAGUUGGAAAACUCUCCAACCACAAGUCUUAAAUCCAUCAUGAAAAAGAAAGGUUAUGGUUUCCAUGCAGGAGGCAAUGGGACCAAAAAGAAUCUCCAGUUUGUUGGGGUAAAUGGUGGCUACGAGACAACGUCAAGCGAGGAAGACACCAGCUGUGAGGACAGCGACACCGAGACCGAGGGCAGAGCCGGGGGGGACGUGGAGCCCGAGCAGCCUGGAAGGGAAAGCAGAGGAGAUUCCUCGGGGGAGAAGUGUGAGGAUGAUGAUGAUGAUGAUGAUGAGGAGCAGGAGGCAUCAGCAGGAGCAGCACCCCGCUCUCAGCACCAGGCUCACAGAUGCAAACCCUCCGAAGAUUUCCUUGCUGCCUGCCAGCUCCUCAGUGAACACCUCCCAGAAAUCAGGAGCAGAAGCAACAAGCAUCUGCAGCACGUCCUCGCCUCCAUCUCCCACGAGUGGUUCCAGGUGUCCAGCCACAAGUCUUCCAGGCCAGAGGUGGUGGCAGAGUACCUGGAGGCGCUGAGGGACAUCCAGCCCCAGCUCCUGGAGGCCGUGGUGAACCUGCCCGACAGGAAUGGCAACACAGCUCUCCACUACAGCGUCUCCCACUCCAACUUCCAGGUUGCAAAGCUCCUGCUGGACACGGGCGUGAGCUGCCUGGACCUGCAGAACCGUGCUGGCUACACGGCCGUGAUGCUGACGCCGCUGGCGGCCCCCGAAACCCGGCAGGACAUGGAGGUGGUGAUGAGGCUGCUGAGGGAGGGGGAUGUCAACCUCAGAGCUGCCCAGGGCGGGCAGACCGCGCUGAUGUUGGGGGUGAGGCACGACCGGCCGGACAUGGUGCGGGCGCUGCUGUCGUGCCGCGCCGAUGUCAACGUGCAGGACGAGGAGGGCAGCACGGCGCUGAUGCUCGCCUGUCGCCGGGACAACGCCGACAUCGCCCGGCUGCUCCUGGCCCAGCCCGGCUGCCUGCUCACGCUGACCGACAAGGGAGGCAACUCGGCGCUGUCCUUGGCCCACGGGGAUGUCGCCGCGCUCCUGCGAGCCCACAUCGAGCUCAGCCCGUCCCUCCCGGUGUGACCAACACUCCUCCCUGACAGCGGGGUGACAGGGCAGGAACCUCCCUGCACCACCAGUAAAGCUCCCUGUGCCUCAUCCUCCUCAUUCACAGCUCCAAACUCUCCUGUCCGCUCCUCCCGGGGGGGAUUUGACAGGUGAGCACCCGAAAACGAGUGAGAAAAGCACAUUAGAGCAGCACUACUUAGUCUUUUGUAACCUGAGGUUAUGGGUGUCCUUUUAAUCGACUACUUAAUUGUAUCUCAUUUAACUCGUAAGUUUGUGUCCUAAUAUUUAUUAUCAGCUCUUCUGUAAGUAGUGGCAGGCAGCGAUUACUCAGUGUAUGUAACAACAAACACAAGCUGGAUGGAUUAUGGAAAGCAUAAAAUCCUAUUUAUGUUUGCUUCUGCGGGUCUGAUAUAAGAAUUAAAAAUUAAUGCUCUAGGAAAAUAUUUGAGUAUGCCAGACCCAAACACGCAGACAUUGUUUUGCCUGGAUCUGGAAUUACCAUAUGGCUGUUAUUUUUCCCUAAUUAAGUUUGAGCUGACGGGGAAGUGCAGCCCAUUGACAGGCUCUGAAUCAUGGUGGGGUGGGGCAGGGCAUUCCAAGCACUGGAAGAUCCCAGCAGAUUCCCAUCCCAGGGUGUGGUAAUGUUGUCCAAGAGCUCCGUGGAGUGGCUUUGCUGGCAGAUGCCUUUUGGAGCUGCGUUUGCUCCUUGCUUUUCCUCUGCUCGAUUUUAAUAUUCCCAAACUCCUGUAAAGCCGAGCCAUCCUAUCCUUGUUCUGCUGCAUCAGGACCCACUGGGUGCUCUCCCUUGGCUUUGGUGCAGCAAACCCAGAUCUCCCUGAUUAGUUAAUUACUCUUUUUUUUUUUUUUUCUUUUUUUUUUUUUUUUUUCUUUUUUUUUGUAAGCAGAAGUAAAUUCUGGACCACUCUGGUUGUUGUUCAGUCAGUUCACAUAGUGAAAAAAUUUCUCUGAGCUGCCUUGUGCCCCCAUCCUUGCAGGGAGGGGAGAACAGCCCUGACCUCUGUUUUCCAUGGAAAUCUGCCAUCUGCUCAAUUUUCUUUCCUUUCUUCACAUUUUCAGUCCAGAGCAUUCACUGUCUCAAACUUCUAUCCGCCUUUAUUUUUUUUUUUAUCUAUAACCCAAAAUGCCUCCUUUAUGUACAAAUAAAAUAUAUUAAACCUUU